CGAGGGGACCAAGCCGAUCCGAAGAGAGGCUAACCGAGGGGACUAAGCCGAUCCGAAGAGAGGCCAACCAAGCGGAGGGAAGCGAACCAAAGUGGGGCCAACCAAGCGGACUGCCAAACCAUGGAUGACAAGCGCAAGCACCACAAGAAGAAAAAGGUGGGGAAGAAGGCCAAGAGGAAAAAGAUAAGCAAGGGAGGAGGAGCGGGCCGCGGCGCGAAGAACAACGAAGCGAAGAAGUACCACAAGGCCUUCGCCUUCAGCGGAGGUAUCCGAAGUGCUCACCGCAGGAAGCAGCACCUGUUCGAGCUAGAGGAAAAGAAGUUAAGGGCUCCAAAGAAUUUUAAAGAGUGCAGCAAGAGUAGUCCCCUUAUAGUAGCCAUACAAGGACCCAAAGGGGUUGGAAAAACGACUCUGUUGAAAAGCCUAAUAAAACACUACGUAGGGGUAACCAUCAAUGAGGUGAGAGGACCAGUUUCUAUAAUUACGAAAGCGAUGAAGAGAUACACCUUCAUAGACGUGAACGAUGAUAUCCUGAGCAUGAUAGACGCUGCGAAAGUAGCAGACCUUUGCCUGCUCGUCAUCGAUGGGAGCUACGGGUUAGAAUUAGAAACCCUUGAAUUCGUAAGUAUUUUGAACACCCAUGGGCUGCCCAAGGUUAUAGGAGUGGUUACCCACCUGGAUAAGUUUAAAGACAGCAAGAGCAUCCGAAAGAGAAAAAAAAAAUUAAGUAAAAGGUUUUCUGAUGAGAUGGUCGAGGGAGCGAAGGUCUUCUUCUUCAGUGGAAUUCAAAAUGGGAGGUACAACAGAACGGAGGUUCGGAAUUUUUGCAAAUUCUUUUCGUCCGUUAAGAGGCCGCAGAUCUCGUGGAGGGAGCAGCACGGCUACAUCGUGGGGUUGCGCCUGGAUGUGGAGGAGGAGGACGCAGAGGAAGAGGCGGCAGAGGAAGAGGCGGCAGAGGAAGGGGCGGCAGCGGAGGAUGGACGAGUGUGCGCCUUCCUCUCCAACUGCGAUGAGCAAGUCCGCAUCCACGUGGAGGGGUUCGUCUACGGAGCCAAACUUUUCAACGGGCAAGUGGUGCACAUCCCCAACAUUGGAGACGUCCAAAUCAGAGACAUUCAAAUCCUGCAGGACCCCUUCCUCACGGACGAACAGAAGAAGAACCCCAACGUCUACGCCCCCAUGGCGGACGUUGGCAACGUGGCCUUUGACCUGGACAACAUGUUCAUACAUAUUCCCAAGAGCAGGGUCAACUUCACGCCGGGGGAGCUGCUCGGUGGAGGAAGCGGCGAUGCAAGCGGUGGAGGAAGUGGCGAAGGAAGUGGCGAAGAAAGCGACGAAGAACGCGACGAAAACCGCCAAAGAGGCAACCCUGGGGGGGAGGACGAGCGGUACGUGACGGAGGGCAUCCGCAUGAUUCGGGCGCUGCAGAGGUCCAAGUACGCGCUGUGCGGCGACGGGGGGGUGGAAAGCGAGCCGCGCCUUUUCGACGAACCGCCGCUGUUCGAGCCGCCGCUUCUGUUGGACGGCCAGGAGGAGGGCCCCCGGCGCAAGGCCCCCUCCAACGCGUUCGUGAGCGAGCGGCAGAAGAAGAAGAAGCAGGCGGAGAAGUACGUCAACGAGAAGGCCAGGGAGUACACGGAGCUGGAGCCCAUUCUGUUUGGGAAGAGGGGCGCGGAGGAUGACUACCAUUGCGCGGAUGGCGUGAGCGUUUCGGCCAGCGGGGGGGAAGAGGGGGAAGAAGUGGACGAUGAUGGGGAGGAUGAUGGGGAGGAGGAGGAGGAGGAAGAAGAAGAAGAUGAUGAUGACGAUGAGGAGGAUGAAGAAGAAGACGAUGGAGAUGACGAUGAGGAGGACGAAGAAGACGACGAUGGAGAUGACGACGAAGAAGACGACGAUGGGGAGGACGACGAGGAGGACCUCGCGGCCAACCCUGCGAACGCCGCCUAUCCUGCGAACAGCGCUAACCCCCCCCACCGCGGGGAGCACCGGCUCGCGCAGGAGCUCGCCUUCGAGAACAAAGCAAGCCUGGACGCGUUCAUUUACGACGCGCGGUACAUCCGCAGGAGGAACAGCCACCUGUACUUCAAGGGGGACGUCCUGGUGGUGAUGCGACGGGAGAAGAGGGGGCUGCGAGGGGAGGAAGGAGGAGAAGGAGAAGAAGGAGAAGAAGAAGAGGAAGACCUCCACAGCGUCCUUAACCUCCUGAGCGCAGACCCCGUGAGGGAGGCGAAGAAGGCGCAGCCACUGUACAGCUACAUGCACGAGGAGAACUACUUCCUAGACGAGGUGGACUCCUUCAAGUGCACACAAGACGUGGUGUUCGUCUUCAACAACCUGACUGUGUCGCUGGGAGACGUGGCGGACGAGGCCCUGGUGGAGCAGUUCUUCUCGCGGUACGGCAGCCUCUACGAGGGGUGCUUUUGCUCCAGCGGGGGAGCGGCAGAGGGGGAAGCGGCAGACGAGGAGGCAAACGGGGAAGCGGCAAACACUGCCUCUCUGGGCGACACAGACGGGAAGGAACAAAAGGAGCAGCAGAAGGAAAGGUACCAAGAGACGGAGGGCGUCGGCGUGCUGCGCGGCAACGCAUACGGAUCCUCGGUGAACAUCGGUGAGUACAUAAAAAUGGCGUUCAAAAUAGAGAGAAAGAAACUAGCGAUGGUGAAGAAGGGCAUCAUCAUCUGCGGAGGGUUGCAGACGUACGAGGAGAAGGAGUCGAUGAUCCACUGCCGAGUGAAGAAGCACCGGUGGUUCCCAAAAGUGUUAAGGUCAAACGAUCCGCUGAUCUUUUCCAUAGGGUGGAGGAGGUACCAGAGCAUCCCCGUAUACUCUAUCAACGAGAGAAACAACGUGAGGAUAAGAUACCUAAAAUACACAACAGAGCACAUGCACUGUAAUUGCACCUUUUAUGGUCCAGUGGCAGGAGCCAACAGUGGGAUCUUGGCCAUCUGCAACUAUAAGAAGGUGCCCUACUACCGCAUCUGCCUAAACGGAAUCACCUUGGAGACCAACACCAAUGUAAGGAUAAUGAAAAAGCUGAAGCUCAUAGGAGAGCCAUAUAAAAUAUUUAAAAACACCGCGUUUGUGAAAAACAUGUUCAGCUCAGAUCUGGAGGUAAGUAAAUUCCUCAACUGUCCUGUGGUGACUCCUAGUGGGAUAAAGGGAUUAAUAAAAAGUAAAUUGGCCGAGAGUGGAAACUGCAGAUGUACGUUCGCAGACAAAGUGCGCAUGAGCGAUGUGGUGAUUUUGAAACUUUACGUGAAUGUAAAAGUGAAAAGAUUUUUCACUUACGAUGUGGAGAACAAGCUGAGGUCCAUCAAUGAGCUGAGGUACAUUUAUAACUUGUAUGUCAACCAUAAGAGUAAUUAUAGGACUGUCCCCUUCAGACAUUUCUAUAACUCGAAGAUCCACAUCAAUCCCAAGCUGCUGAAGGAGCUCCCCUAUAAAUCCAAGCCAAAGUUGUUCAGCAAAAUGAGCAAUGAGGAAGAGCUGAAAAAAGAGAAACAAAGGAAAGACGAGCAGAUCAACUUCAGAGCUCUGGAAAACCCCAAGGUAGCUUCGCGAUGGUACCAAAUGCUGCACACCAUUAAAAAGAAUAUUUUGGAGAAGAAGAGGGAAAAGGCGAAGCUGUCUUACCAUAGCAAGCUGAAGAAGACCCUCAUGGUGGAGGAGGCCAAGCAGAGGGUGGUCAGGCAGCGCAAGAAGCUGUCCUACCGCAGGGGGAGGGGCAAGGCCGGCUCGCACGAGUGA